AUGUCGCUGUGUCGUGAGCAUGACUUUGUCAAAGUGCCUCGUGUUCCUAAACGUAUCAUCCUCUGCUGCGAUGGGACAUGGCAGUCCUCGGUGUCCGGCAAGAAGAACGUCCCUUCCAAUGUCACUCGCCUGUGUCGCGCCUUGAACGGCUUUGGUCAAGAUGCGACAGGAGAGGCGUGGCAGCAGAUUGUCUGGUAUGAUUCUGGAGUCGGCACUACUUCCCUUGCCAUCGGUAAGAAGAUUGAAGGAGCCAUCGGCCAGGGACUCGAAGGCAAUGUCAUCGAAGCAUACAACUUCUGCGUCAUGAACUAUCACCCUGGCGAUCAGAUCAUGUGCUUUGGGUUCUCACGAGGAGCGUUUACGGCUCGGACCAUUGCUGGACUGAUUUCUGAUGUCGGUAUCUGCGACAAGAAGGAUCUCAAUCGUUUCCCUGAUCUGUGGGAUGCCUACAAGGGUCGACCGUUGAAGAAGGAGCCAUUCUAUGGCAGUGAUGCCUGGUUCGAGUGGAUUGAAGGCAAGGCCGAUGAGAAACAGGGCGCUAAUGGCAAGAAAUUCAAAUGGGUAGAGCGCAGCAAUAGCGACUGGGCCCAAGAUGGCUCCCGCAUUGUGGAGGUUGUGGGUGUUUAUGACACUGUCGGGGCUAUUGGAAUGCCUGCAGUGCUGGGUAUGAAAUUCCCAACGGGCUUUUUGUCGGGAGGAGAUGACUCUGGGUGGCAGAAUGUGACCCUUUCAGCAAAUGUCAAACACGCUUUCCAGGCUUUAGCCCUGGAUGAACACCGCGAGGCCUUUUCGCCUACGCUGUGGUAUCUCCCCAAGUUUGGCGAUGCCGAUAUGACCCAAAUUGAACAACAGAAGCGAGCAAUCGAUGCUGCAGCGGCUGAAUGGAGGAAACAGUUGGAACAAGCCAAAAAGCUCAAGUCGAGCGGCAAGGCCACCGACGCGGCUGUCAACCAGGCUGCAUGCGACCUCAACAAGGCGGCAAGAGUCAUGAACGAUCAUUUCCGCAAACUGUUGCGGCUGCAGGACGACAUGAACCACCAAAUUCACCCUCGCACACUGAAGCAGGUUUGGUUCCCGGGAUACCACAUCCACAUCGGCGGUGGCUCCGACUCAACCCUCAAGAAACAGGGUGAUAUGGAAGAGAUGUCCAACAUCACCUUCUCCUGGAUGCUGGACCAGAUCAAGCCCUUCCUAUUCUUGAACGAGGAAUACCUCAAAAUUGAAAGAAAGGAACGAAAUGCGGACAUCAAAGCCAUCGCCGUGAAUCCCCUCGAAAAUGAGUCCUGGGGAUCAUGGGCCGGACGCAAUGCGUCGGCAGUCGCUUCGUCCAUCAGACAUCCCUUCGCAACCGCCGCCAAGACUACCCCAGAAUUCCGCAAGUAUGGCUGGGGAACCGGCCAUCUGGAAGAUAGUUUCGAGACUCUGUACUACCUGAAUGGGUCUCUGCGACGUACCCCCGGAAACUACGAUAUUCUGGACGAAAACAACCAGCCGGUCGGUGAUACUUGCGAGUUUAUCCAUCCCGUUGUGGGAUUCCGAAAGCAUAUCAUGAAGAAGGACUACAACCCGGUUGGUAGCAAGGAGUAUAGCCGCUACCCAUCGAGCUACAAGGACGAGCAUGGUAACAAGCAGCCCUGCUUUGAGUACCAGAUCGGCGCUGUGGGCAGACCGUUACGGGAGUGGCACCUUGGUGGAGUAGAUUCUUACGAGAGACUGGCGAUUGCCGGCGAAGAGGCUCGGACGUAUGUCGCCACAGAAUUGGAUGCGGUUGUGGGAAUCAAGGUGGAGACAUCCUGCGUUGAUGUUCCAAGUCGGCCACCGUUCUCUCAAGGAGGAUUCAAGCCGAUUGACUCUGAGCAGCAUGGUUUCCAGCCGAAUGGUUUCCAGCAGCAGUGGGGGUUCCAGUCUUCCAACUUUCAGAGCAAAGGCUUCUCCAUGACUUCUGAGGAGAUCUUGAUCGAGGAAACCGUGGCAAGGGGGUAA